GCUGGAUCAGUGGGUGCACUGCAUUCGCGAACUGUCAGUACCACGAACCCAUUCGGUAGCUGAUCGUUGUGCAAGGAAACAACAGAGCACCAUCUAGUUUUUCUACCUGUUUCGGAUUAAAUCACUGUCUUCUAGGAGUAUUAGAAAGUAUUAGCAGCAUCAAUAUAUAGAGAAAGAGCAGAAUGGAAACAUUUUCGGGACUGGUGAAAACCACACUGCCAAACUAUCUGGCCGGUUUGCCCAUUCCUAACAGCAUCGGUGGAUGGUUUCGGCUGGGAUUCAGGGAUUGGCUCUCGCUGAUUCCACCGACCGCCGCCCUCGGCGGUCUAGUGUACAUGUCGUAUCUGGCCUUCUGUCCCGAGGCACGACCGAAACCAAGCACUAAGGUUAACCGCAAGAUUCGCAUGUCCGAGGGUAAGGUGGUGGACAUGAUCGACAUCGAAGAUAUCGCCGAGAAGGCUGCCUUCUGCCGCUGCUGGAAGUCCAACAAUUGGCCGUACUGUGAUGGAUCGCACGGUUCCCACAAUAAGGAAUGCGAGGAUAAUCUCGGCCCAGUGGUUGUCCAGCGCAAGAAGAACUAAGCUGAGAACGUUCUCUAGGGGCUGGAUUUCACUGCUGGCUGUUGAAUAGUGCUUUUCUUAUAGUUACAUCCAUGGAAUUAAGAGCCAACGAAAACGCGCAUUAUGCCUCAUACAUUUAGCCACUUGCAAUCUAGAAGAUAUACUUAAACUAGAAGGAGGAAGAGCAUUAAGAUUUAAUUUCUCAUCAAUUCGUUAUUUUUCUGUUCCCAAUCAAUUGAAAGAUUGAGUCAUGCGAUUGGAAAAUAUUUAUCUGCUUAAACAUAAACAUUAAAAAAUCACAGCAUGAUUCAGCUGCUUCAAUGUUCUGUUGAUAUUAGGUUUUUGCGUGUAAACGCAAACAUACAAAGAAGUGCUUGUAAAAUUGAUAAAUCUAAACUGGCGAAUGUUAUAAACAAUUGUCACAAUUGGGUUCACUAUUAGAGACUGGUGAAGGCUGUUAGGUAAAAAAAACAAAGAACAAUAAAUUGAUUGAAACGUUGAGUUGAA